UUGUUGAUAAGCCAUCUCCAAGCCAGAAGGCACCAGACGAGGAACGUGUGGAAGAAGAUGUAUCAAGCCAGAAGGCACAAGACAAGGAAAGUGUGGAAGAAAAUGUAUCAAUUGAUGAAAUGUUUGAGAGUUUGAAGUUUGAGCUAGACAAUAUGAAGACCAAGUUUUCCACAGUGAAGCAAAAUGAAGAACUCCACAACACUUUAAGAGCCGUGGAAGAUCUUCUUCGAAACUUCAACGAAAGAAUUUUGGCUGAGGCAGAUACAAAUAAAAGUGAAACAAAAGGUUUAGAGCUACAAAACCAAAAAUCAAGGGAGGAGUUGGUGGGUCUGCAAAAAGCCUCAGAUAAGCCAUCUCCAAGCCAAGAGGCACCAGACAAGGUUGUGGAAAAAGAUGAACCCGUUGAUGAAAAGUUGGAGAGAUUGAAGUCUGAGAUCGAUAACAUGAAGGCAAAGUUUUCCUCAUGGAAGAAAAAUGAAGGACUCUGGAACAUGUUAGGUGCCCAGCUGGAAGAUGUUCUUCAAAUCUCCAACACAAAAAGUUUGGAUGAAGAUGACAAGCAUAAAGUUUCUAAGGAGGAGUUGCUGGAUAGUGUCGUGAACGCCAUUCAUAAAAGGAUUAAGGACUCAACUAAAAAGCUUGGUGUUAGUCAAAGUGAUGAAGUAGUUGAUAACUCAUCAAGCCAAGCCAAAGCAUCUAAACCAGUGCAACACCCCACACUAUCUUUAUUAAGCCAAAACAAUGACGUGAAUCUAGUCUUGAAAAGGUUCCAGGCUAGUUAUGAUGCCCUUAAUCUACAUUCAAAACUUUGCUGCUUGUCCCUUUCAGUUUUCCCUGAAAAUGUUGUUAUAAGGAAAAGACAUAUAAUUAACUGGUGGAUUGGAGAAGGUUUUGUAAAAGAUACAACAGAGAAAACAGCUGAAGAAGAAGGUGAGGAUGUUUUUGACGAGCUGCUGAAUUCAUAUCUGAUUGUAUCACAUGGUAAUAGCAAGUGUCCCAUUGUGAAUAAAUUUAAAAUUAGUCCUUGGAUCCGUCACAUGUUGGUAUCAUCAGUACUGCUAGGAGAAAAUAAUCAGCCUUUUGAAAAAAUUUCACAAGUAAUAACCUCUUCGCAUCACAAUAAUAGUCCUGCUUAUUUAGUACUUGACCAAAAAAAAGUUAAAAUAAGUGGUGAGUUUGAUGACAAAUUUGACCACUGGAGAAGUGUUUUUAAUGUUGGUGCGAGUUAUCUAAAUGUUGAACCUCAAUGGAUGACUAAAAUGAAGAAGAUGGUGGUGCUUCAGCUUGGUCGUUGGCACGAAUCACCUUUUCAUCACAUUGAAGUGGAUAGUAUAAAUUUCAUGAAAGACUUGAAGGGUCAAAAACAUUUAAAGUAUCUAAGCCUUCGUGGUAUAUCAAGAAUAACCGAGCUGCCACCCUCCAUUGCUCAACUUGUCAGCCUACAAAUUCUUGAUCUCAAGGCUUGUCAUAACCUCGAAACUCUUCCUGUUGAAAUUGCAUUAUUGAAAAAGCUCACACACUUGGAUGCAUCUCAGUGUUACUUGUUGGAGAGCAUGCCAAAAGGGAUUGAGAAGCUCUCUGAGCUCCAAGUACUCAAGGGAUUUGUAGUAGGCAAUUCUAACAAGAGUCCUAGAAUAUCAGAUCUUGCAGAAUUAAAAAAAUUAAAACGACUGAGCAUACAUAUUGGAAGUGAAGCUGUGGUCCAAGCUGAGGAUUUUGACAGCUUAAAAGAUUUGGAGGAAGUUAAAUGUCUCAAAAUAUCAUGGGGUGUGUCGUCUAACUUGAGGUCCAUGCAUAAUGUGAUCAGUCUUCCACCAAGAUUGGAAAAGUUGGACCUUCAAUGCUUUCCUAGGAAAGAAAUUAAUAUUCCACCGUUACAUACUUUGAGGAAGCUAUAUAUAAAGGGAGGAAAACUCACAAGUUUCCCUUUCUAUAUGUUUAGAAAAGUUGAGAUCCUGCGUCUCAAGUACCUAAAUGAUAUGGACGUUAAACCCAAAGAUUUGCCACAAAUAUUUCCAUCACUGCAGUACGCAGAAGGGAAACAAGUCUCCAAACAGUCCUUUGAAUGGCCGAAUAGUGUUGAAGACCAAGUCAUAAAGUGUUGAAUAUAUGUUAUUUGAAGAGAAAUUUAAUUUACGUAGGUGAAUUUAUUACACACAUGUUUCCAAAUCUUCUAUGUAUCAACAUUCUUUGUCAUUGUCUAAUUAUAUACUAGGACACAU